AUGGAAGAAGCGGCGGGCAAUGGGGCCUUCAACACUUACUGGCAGGCACCGCAAGCCUCCAACACGCAACUCGAACACAUCUCCCAUGCGCUCAACGCGACCCUCAAUCCACGAAUCGAAAACUCCGUCCGACAGCAAGCACUACAACAUCUCGAAGCUGUGAAGUCACAACCAGACGCACCACAUUACGGUUUCACUCUCGCCGACGAUUGGAAGCAGAACGAUGCGGUGCGGUAUUAUGGCUUGCAGCUGCUGGAGUUCGCGGUGCGAUAUCGAUGGAACGAGUACAACGACGAUCAAACACUCCAGCUUCGCACGUGGGUCAAGUGUCUUGCGGGCAGCUUGCGGGAUCAAGACGCCAUGUUCAUUCGAAACAAGAUCGCACAGCUGUGGGUAGAGGUGGCUAAGAGAUGCUGGGGUGGAGACGAAUGGUGCUGGGUGGACAUGGACGCUCUGCUUGUCAAUCUGUGGGACAAGCCAAUCGAAGAGAAAGGUCUGGUGAACAAAGUUCUGGUGCUGGGAAUUCUGGAGACGUUGAGUGAGGACAUCGUUGGCAACGAGGAUACUAUUGCAGGCCUGAGGACGGACGUGCUAGGCAACUCGUUGAACGAGAUCAUCAUUCCCAAGGGACUAUACGAGCAGCACGCCAUUUCGAGAGGAGGCAGGCAGGAAGUACGAUCUGGCGAUAGCGGAUGGUUGGAUCGGGUGUGCAGCUUCUUCGCCACAUGUGUGAAGGAGGCGCGGUUGGGUGGAAAUCCAGAGUGGACGCGCAGUAUGGAGACUUGUGCGACCAAGGCUCUGAAUGCGCUUCGACCGACGAUGGGAUGGAUCAGCUUGAAGGCAGCGGAGGAGGUCAAUUGCAUUGACUGUCUGUUCCUGCCUUUCCACACGAGCAAUGUCCUUCUCCAGACAGCAGCUGUUGAAGUGCUGUAUGCCCUGCUCAGCCGAUCCUACAACCCACAUUUCCAAGACGUCUGGACGGCUCUUCUACGACAAGCAUUACGACCCGACCGAGUAGGAUUGAUACGGCAGACGUUCGAGCAGACAUCAACCGGGCCUGGAGAGGACGAGGAGAAGUACACAUUGCAGAAGAAGAUGUCAGAAUUGCUUUCAGUUCUCGCAGAAGCAGUAGGCCAACAUCCUGCUGUUGCUGACGAUUCAGUGGAUUUGGCAUCGUUGUUUGAUGUACUCUUACUGGUCCUGCAACACAAGAGCUUGACAGUAUCAAUACCGGUUCUGCACAGCUGGACGAGACUGCUGUCUGUGCAGGAAGACAAGAUUGUCGACCUUGUUCUUGCUGCCUUGCCGACGCUCCUACAGGUCUGCAGCGAGCGGCUACUACGAUAUGAGGCAUUAUCUGACGAAGUCGACGACGAGGUGCUACAAUUCCUCGGCGAAGACUUCGACACGAUACCGGAGAGACACGCAUUCCUGGGCAAUUAUCGCCGGUAUUGCACCACCAUCAUUCAAUCCAUUGCACGAUCUCGUCCGAUCGACGCACUCUCUAUAGUGCUGCAGGAGAUGCAGUCGAUGCUCGAGAAUGGACCGUACACUGGCGCGCGUGGCUUCAACAGCGCCAACUAUUCGAAGACAUCGCUCCCUGUCCUGAAGUUCGACGCUCAGUACAACGUUGUCACUGGCGCGUUGAAGGGCUACUCGGCCUGGAUGAGCGAUGUGGCCGACAUUGCCCCCGACCAACCACUCUACAUGAAGGUACAAAAAGACCAACAUCAAGCGGCAGAAUCGUUGCAGCAGUGGUGCUUCGGCCUAGCAAAUAUCCACACAGAUGAUCCUGGUGUCGCCGAGGAAGUAUUGCAGACGGUCGUUCAAGUACUGCGAACUCUCAAGCAGCCUGCGGCGAGCUUCGUCCUUAACAUGGUCCAGCAUCUGCUUACAAUGAGGCUGUACGACCAACCUGCACACACAACUUUCUCAGACGCUGUAAAGGCCUUCGAGGCUUUGCGAGUGGUUGAACUUCAGAAGCUCGCCCUGGCCUUUCCUAAUGACUUCCUCGAAGUGUACAACGAGCUGGAACCGCGGAUUGGUGUACUUGCGCAGAAGCAUGUCGAUGACCCAAGAUUACUUUGGGGAUACAAAGCUUUCCUGUUCAUGAUUCUGCAUCGUGCGACUGGAAUCGACAACGAGAUGAGGAUAAGCAAGUUGCAGCAAAUGCUCAAGCCUACCUACGAUGCCUGGUCAGACCCCGGUAUGAAUGCUUCGAUCAACAAUCUGCAGACCUUCUGUGAGGCGAUUGGACUGAACGAUCUUCCGGACUUCUACAAAGUACAUGGCUUCGAUCGCAUUCAGGACUGGUCAGCUCAGCAACUGGACGAAGCGGGCCAGAGACGCCAGGCUGAGAUCAAGGAGAAGAGCGAUCGACUGCCCCUGCGCAUGACCAAGUCUAUGCUUUCGGCAACAACAGAAAAGCUGAAGAGCGGAACGGACGAAUACGACAACGCGUGUGCGCUAUGGGGUGACUUGAUUCCGGUCAUUCUCCCCAGCCUACUCCAGAUGCUCCGCCAUGCAGUAUCUUUUCACAACAUGGCGAAUUGGUCCCAGCUCCCCGAUGAAAUCCAAAUGGUGGUCAAGCGUACUCUGCAGGAUCGCUUCUGGCAAUCUGGCAUAUCGAAUGAGAGCAAGGAAGAGUUCUACGCCAGGAUAUCAGGCUCUAAGACUUCAUACGAAGGGUUUGCCAGUACUGUUCGAGGCACGAUGCGGAACGUGCGCGAGCAGAGCUAUCACAUCCUCUACCUCAUGACCAAGUUCGACGAGCAAUUCUACGGCCUGACAGAUCUGGCUGAGCCUUUGGCUGGUGCGCUAUUUGAUGAGGCUGGGAGUCUGAGUGCAAAUCACCUACACCCCAUCAUCAACCUCACCACUGGCCUAGUACAACGCUGUCCACCACAUCAUCGUGUACAAUUCCUACCUCCCAUUUUGCGCCGCCUGUUCGUCACUCUGGAUGGAAAGAUCUCAUCAGAAUGGGAAGCGAUCACCCGAGCGGCGGAAGAGAACAAACACGAGAUGGACGAACUGUCCGACGAGAUGCGUACCGAGAGCGUCCUCCGACAACUGACCUACAGCAUGGUCAGCUUCGUACCCUUCCUCCUCGAAUACGACCGUCAAGUCGGCCUCACCAUGGCCAACGGCAACGGCCACAUCCGCCAGAACCUCUCCGAACUGGUCCUCUCCGACGCCUCCGUCCUGGAACCACUCAUCCUCUUCUGCACGCACGCCCUCCGCAUGCGCGACACCCGCUGCUGCAGCACCAUCUGCAAAGUCUUCCGCGGCAUCGUCCCCAUCUUCGCCUCCUCAUCCUCCACCUCGCCCACCAGCGCCAUCACCCCGGAAACCGCUGCCCAAGUCCGCGAGUUCAUCUCCACCGAAGUCCUCAAAGCCUGCAUCACCUCCCUCCACGAACCCUACUUCGCCGACCUGCAAAAGGACCUCGCCGCCCUCAUCGCCCAAAUCCUCCUCCUCUACUCCCCCAAGACCCACACGCCCCGCGACAUCUUGCUCUCCCUCCCGGACAUGAGCGAGGGUCGCGUCAACCGCGCGAUCGCCAAGGUCGUCAAGUCGAGCAAUGAGCGGCAGCAGCGUGCCGUCGUGCUGGAUCUGCUGGAGAGUGUCCGGGGCGUGAGCAUCUACGAGCAAGGCAAGAUCGAGAAGAAGAAGGGGAAGAGUUCGAGGGCGGCGCCGGUGGCGGCGCAGUAUAUGGAGGUGGUGGAGACGAGGCCGCAGGUUGUGAGGGGCGAUGAGGAGGGGCUGGAUGGGGUUGCUGGGUUGUUUGGGGAUUCUUGA